GUUCCUCCAUCGGUACCCAGUGCGCACGCCGGCCGCUCGCCCCAGCUCCGCAAACCCGAACCCGCGCCAAGGAUGUGAACCACGCCCGGCGGCUGUUCGCAGUCCGGUCGCUCGCUCCGCCUCCCCUGCCUGCGGGAGCGUGGGGGCUUCUGCCUAUCUUUGCUCGCUGUUCCGCGCCCGUCUUGCGCUAUCGAUGCCACCGGCUUCGACUUUUGGGGGGAUGCGUGCCGCAGGCUGAACGUUGCCAGGUUUUGCCAGGUCCCAAGGCCUCAGGCUGCCAUCGUGACGGCGUCAGCCAACUUGUUAUUACCUGUUUCCGGUGUGUGUGUGUGUGUAGAUCCGCCACGCUGGCUAUAGAGCAUCAUCAUGCCCUUCAAAGAUCCGUUCGCGUCGCUCCGAACCCAUCCCCUCACCCCACGAAGGACUAAAGCCCAUCCGCCCCGUCUCGUCGGUAGCCUGCGCUUGCGCUCCACCUGCAUCGCCCUGCGUCAGUGGAAACCAUGUCUGUCGUUUCACUCGCCGUCUCCGAAAACAAUCCGGUCACCGUCGACGAUCUUCGCGCCACCGUCGGCAAAAUUGGUGACAUCGACAUCAGGGAAGAGGAGGAAACGGAUUACCUACGUUUCCUUCAAGCGCUCUACGACUCUGUACAGCCGCUUCUGGACGAAGAAGAUUACUAUCCGGUCCCGGAUCGUGAGCGGUUUCCUCGACAGAACGUACACUUUCCAAACCCCGAGGAUAAUCAGUUGGGCGCUUGGGCCUGGAGGUACACGCUGAAGGAUGUGAAAACGGAUGCGACGAAAACCGGGCCACUGGCCGGACGCACCGUCUGCCUCAAAGAUUGCAUCGCCGUGGCCGACGUACCCUGCCUCAUGGGCACAGAUGUCGUCACAGACUGGGUGCCGAAGCUUGACGCAACGGUUGUCACCCGUCUGCUCGAGGCCGGUGCGACCAUCGUCGGCCAAGCCGUUUGCGAAAGCAUGUGCACCUUCGCCGCCUCGUUCUCCGCCGCCACAGGGCCCGUUCACAAUCCGUACUGCAGAGGGCGAAGCGCCGGCGGCUCGUCCUCGGGAUGCUCUGCCUUAGUCGGUGCAGGCCUCGUCGAUCUGGCGGUUGGCGCGGACCAGGGUGGAAGCAUACGCAUGCCCGCGGCGCUUUGUGGUUGCGUCGGUCUCAAGCCGACAUUUGGACUGGUGUCUUACACUGGGAUAGUGUCCAACGAACCUACGAACGAUCAUGCAGGUCCAAUAACCUCCAAUGUCCUCGACAAUGCCUUAAUGUUGCAAGUCAUCGCGGGUGCCGACAACAUCGACGACAGGCAAGGUCCGGGAACACCCUUCCCCGGAUCGGUGCCUCAGUAUUACUCCCUGCUGCUCGCCUCCCGGAUCCAGGGCGUCAAGGGCAUGAAAAUCGGCCUCCUGCGCGAAGGACUCGACAUGCCAGCCAUGGACCCGCGCGUUCGUGCCAGGGUCGUAGAGACCUGCAUGAAGUUCCAGGCACUCGGGGCCGUCGUUGAAGAGAUAAGCAUACCUAUCCACAAUCGCGGACCGGCGUACCACCUCGCUGCCACGCGCAUGGCGGGCUAUAUGGGCAGAAUCGGCGCAACAUGCAGUCGGAGGCAGCUCUACCUGAACGAUCUGCAAGACAAGUUUUUGCCGUGGACGCAGGAAAAGUGGGACAAGUUAUUCCCCUCUGCAAGUAACCUCAUGUUAAACGGAUUGUAUUUGUGGGACAAGUAUCCAACGCUGUACGGAAAAUCUCAAAACCUUCUACGAAAACUGCGUGAUGCUUACGACGAGCGUCUACGCGAGUACGAUAUCAUCGUACUCCCUGCCGUCCCCGCUCCGGCAAACACGCUUGCUGACGCGAACGCAACGCCAGCUGCCAAGCUCGCGAAGACCGUUGGACAGAAUCUGAACUGCGCCAUGUUCAACCAAACGGGACACCCUGCGUUGGUUAUGCCCAUAGGGAUGCUGCCGCCGGCCGAGGGUCCGGCAGACUUGAAGUUGCCCAUCUCUCUGCAAAUCAUCGGGAAACACUACGACGAGCUGACAAUAUACCGCGCUGCGCUGGCCUUAGAGGAUCAUUUGGGUGAUUGGAAGGCUCUCUGA